AUGGCUCUCGCUGACGAGUCCAACCGCAUCGUCCGAGAGUUCGACUUCUCCGAUGAGGAACUCAACAAUCAUGUGAAGGAGUUCUUGAGGCAAAUGGACGAGGGCCUUCACAAAGAGGGUACCAGCCUCCAGCAAAUUCCUACCUACGUCACCGGCGUUCCCAAUGGCACAGAAAAGGGUCUGUAUCUGGCCGUUGAUCUGGGAGGCACAAACUUCCGAGUUUGCUCCAUCAUGCUCAAUGGUGACACCACCUUUAACCUCACUUACAACAAGGUUGCCAUUCCGAAAGAGCUUAUGGUCGCAAAGACCUCCGCACAGCUCUUUUCUUUUCUCGCCAAGCAGAUCGAGAUCUUCCUCAAGGAGCAUCAUGCCGACCACUUCAACUCCCACCUCCGCCGUCGCAACACUGCCAGUACUCCCUCGGGCUAUCGCGAUGAACAUAUCUUCCGCCUGGGAUUCACAUUCAGCUUCCCUGUCAAGCAGCUAGCUAUUAACAAGGGCCUGCUGAUUCGAUGGACCAAGGGCUUUGACAUCCCCGAUGCCAUAGGCAAGGACGUCUGUGCUCUGCUCCAGACCGAGAUCGACAAGCUCCACCUCCCCGUCAAGGUAGCGGCGCUCGUGAACGACACUGUCGGCACUCUCAUGGCUCGAUCCUACACUUCAACUAGCAAGAGCCGAUCUGUUCUCGGUGCCAUCUUUGGAACGGGUACCAACGGUGCCUACAUGGAAAAAUUGAGCAACAUCAAGAAGCCUAUCUCUGGGGAGUAUGAUCAAUCAACAGGAGAGAUGGUUGUCAACACAGAGUGGGGUUCCUUUGACAACCAGCUCAACGUUUUGCCAUCAACACCUUGGGAUAAGGCUCUUGACGCCCAAAGUGUAAACCCUGGCCUUCAAAUGUUCGAGAAGCGGGUGUCUGGCAUGUUCUUGGGUGAGAUUGUCCGACUUGCCAUGGCCGAUAUGAUCAACAAUGAGAGCUCGUCUCUGUUCAAGGAUCUCAACUCGAGCACGAACGACUGGGGCACCACCACAAACAUCGCGCCAUCGUCUGGCUUCCUCAAGCCUUGGGGACUCGACAGCUCCAUCAUGUCCGUUGCGGCCGCCGAUAAUACUCCUGAACUGUCUACUCUUCGCCAGGAGCUCGAAAACCUCCUCAGUGUUUAUACUCCCUCCCUCGAGGACGCCCAGGCCUUCAAGUCUGUUUCCAAUGCUGUUGGUCGUCGCGCUGCUCGCUUGUCAGCUGUCGCCAUCGGUGCCAUCGCCCUCAACUCUGGCAAGCUCAAUGAUCUCAAUGAAGAAGUUAUUGAUAUCGGUGUCGAUGGCAGCCUCGUCGAGCACUACCCUUUCUUCCGCGAUAUGAUCUACGAAGCCCUCCGUGCCAUUGACGGCAUCGGACCACAUGGUGCCGAGAAGAUCCGAAUCGGUAUCGCUAAGGACGGUAGCGGUGUCGGCGCCGCCCUGAUUGCCUUGGUGGCUGCUGGCAGGGAGAAGCCCGAAGAUUAUUUGACUGACUUGAGAUCUGAGUCCAACCGCGCUCGCAAGUCUUCUGAUGCGAUCCUCGAUUCAGCACCAGUCUCUAACCAAGCACUCCUCAUUGGUGGUGCUGUUGGUCUCCUUGCGCUAGCAGCUAUAUGGUAUAACAAGCGUCGAUGA